CUGGUGGAGCCAGAGACACAUUUAGUCGGGCGGUAGUCUCGAGUCACUUUUAGAAAAACGUUUCCAAAAUGGGGAAAUUAGCCUUCAUCUCCCUCGUCAUUGCUGCUCUGUCGGCGCUGCUCGGAGAGAGAUUUGUGAACUUCAGGAAAAGGACAUUAGCUUCAAGGGAGCUGGUCCAAAAUCACCUCCCCAACUGUGUGGAACUCAAAAAUCUCGAUUUUGGUUCAGAGGAUAUAACGAUCCUUGAAGAUGGACUUGCCUUCAUCAGCACUGGUUUGAAGUAUCCUGGAAUGCCAUCGGCUCAUGCCUCAGAUAUCAUAGGAAAGAUCUACACCAUUGAUAUGACAAAUCCUCGGAUGAAACCAGUUGAGCUCCGCAUGCCAAGAAACUUUGAUCUGGAGUCAUUCAACCCUCAUGGCAUCAGCGUGUUCGUCGAUCCAAGUGAUGACGCGGUUUACCUGUUUGUCGUCAAUCAUCCUCAACACAAAACCCAAAUAGAGCUGUUCAAAUAUGUUGACGACAAUCACUCACUGGAGUACCUGAAAACCAUAAAACAUGAACUUCUGUACAGUGUAAACGAUCUUGUGGCAGUGGGAGUGGAUAGCUUCUAUGCCACCAAUGAUCACUACUUUACACAUGAAAUCCUCAAAGGUUUGGUGGAGCCUUUUCUGGCUCAGCCUUGGGCUAAUGUUGUGUACUACAGUCCUGAGGAAGUCAAAGUGGUCUCUGAAGGAUAUUACAUGGCACAUGGCAUCAAUAUCUCUCCAGACAAAAAGCAUAUAUAUGUGUCAGACCUAUUUGACCACAAUGUGCAUGUUCUGGAGCGGAAAGAAGACAAUGCAUUGGUUUCGAUGAAGAUUGUGGAUGUGGGUUCACUCUGUGGCAACAUUGAAGUGGAGCCUGACACUGGUGACCUGUGGUUAGGCUGUCUCCCUAAUGCAUGGAAACUGUUCAUGCCAGACCCCAAAGAGCCAGCUGGAUCCGAGGUCAUCAAAAUCCAGAAUAUUCAUUCUGAUAAGCCAGUGGUGACUCAGGUGUACGCUGACGACGGCCACGUGAUCAUCGGCUCCUCUGUGGCAGCUACCUAUGGGGGGAAGUUGCUCAUUGGCACUCUAUUCCAUAAAGCCCUGUGCUGUGAUUUGAAGUAGGCAACUUCUGCUUGACAAAUGACUGACGUCUUUGCAAAGCUCUUAAUCAGACAAGACGAUGAUGAUUUGAGUGAUGAUAUACAUGGAUAUUAUAGCACUGGUUUUUUAGGGGGAAACCCGGAUAACUGACCCCAAAAAGUGCCUGGAAAUCCAAAAGGAGAAGAUUGAUAAAUUGUGUUUACAUGAUCUAAUCUCAAUGAGCCCUGGGUACAACCUUCUUGGAUACAGUCUGUGGGUACAACGGCAAUUUUGAAAGUGGUCUCAAACACAGCAGUUACUGAACCAGAUACUUGAACUGUUGUGAAGUUAGUAUUUGCAAAACAGAGUAUGGUCAACUAAACAUCCAUAUAUAUUUGUUUUGCUAAAAAUAAUGUUUUUCAUUGGUCACCUGAACAUUGUACAUCUCUUCACAUUAUUUGUAGAGUACAAAUGAGUGUUUUAAUUGCUUUUGUGACAUUUAUUUCAUGUGUACAUUGAACUAAAACAAUAAAGAGUCAUGAUUGAU